ACUCCUAUUAUCAAAGAAAUUAAUAAUGGCCAACCUGAAACUGGCACUAAUUACAAGUUUAUACAGUGUUAAAAAAAAAACCCAGGCUUCCAAUUAGUCUUGUAUGUUUUAUUCAUUAAAUAACUCACUUCCUGCAUGGAUGUUUGACAUGCCUAUGAGCAAUCUGAGUCCCAUCUAUUUUUGUCACAGUUUCUGGGUGAGGGUUGGACCGCUUACAGAGUUGGAUUGUCGGACACCACUUGGCCUGAGAUGGUUGUUUAGAACAGACUGGUUUACUGAAUUAUCCAGUUUUUAUUUGAUCCAGGAUUUUUAGAAUAUUCCCACAGUCAUUCUCCUCAUGGACCUGUAUGAGAUCAGAGGAGGCAUACUGGAUGUGAUUGCAGAGGAAGCUGAGCACCAGGAGUUAAGCAGAGAGUCGACCACCAUGGAGCCCUACAGUGUGGUUUCAGACAGAGGAGGCAGGGCGACCCGAGACGUUUCCACCUUCCAGAGGUUAUCUACCGACACCAAUGAGUCCCUUCGUUUUGAGCCCUGUGAGGACAGCUCUCCAUCUCCCACUGGGGCAGAAGAUGGACAUGAUGACAAUGAUGUGUUUAAGGAGGGAGAAACUGAGAGUGAGAUUGUCACAAUCAGGAAUCGGUUGCAAGGGAAGGUUGCCGAGAUGGAGAACUUUGCAGGUCAUCUGGAGGAAAUCUUUCUCACUGUGGAGGAGAAUUUUGGCCGUCAGGAGCAGCACUUGGAGCAGCACUACAAUGAUGUGCUACAGACGCUGUCUCAGCGAUAUGACGAGAGGGCGGCUGGACUGGAGGAGGAGAAGAAGGGCAAGCUGGAAGCCCUGUACAGUCAGCUGCUGGCUUGUGGUCGGGCGAUGGAUGCCUCCAAGGAGCUCAUUGAGACGGCCCAGGAGAUCUACCGCAGCCAAGACAAGAGGCUUUUCCUGAAGACCGUUAUGCCCACCAUUAAAAGAAUUGAGGAGCUUGCCAAAGAGGAAACAGACUUCACGCUGGCUACAAGUCUUGAGUUUAACACACCACUUGCUGACCUGUCAGAUGUCAAAACCAUGAUGGACUCCAUCAACAUUGUUCCAGCUCCAUCUGCCCCAGUAAUAAACCCCCAGAUGCCCAACUCUGCCACCCAGACAUCCCUGCGUGUGUGCUGGAGCUUGUUCUCCGACGACACAGUGGAGUACUAUGAGCUUUACUACAGACCUGUGCUCGAGGACACACCAGCAGACAGCACCUGUGCACCACAUGUAAGCAAGGUAAAAGUGAAGGAGACCCACUGCACUGUAACAGAUCUGCUGCCCAAUGCUCAAUACGAACUGUGGGUGACCGCUACCAACACCACAGGCAUCAGCCCAGCGAGCGAGAAGGCCUUAUACAUGACAGUGCCGUCGCCUCCAGCGAUCAAGCAGAGGGAGUGUACUAGCUGUCCAGAGGCUGCUCUGAUCCGCUGGGAGUCAGGAAACAACAACCCUGUGGACUCGUACACUGUGGAGCUCAGUGAGAUGGGUGCUGAUGGCACACAGAGCGGUGUUACUGAGUCUAUAGUAGCCGUACCCACCUGUCAGUGUCUGAUCCAGCUGCAGACAGGACGCCGUUACCUCAUCGCUGUGCGAGCAGUCAACAUUGGCGGGCCCAGCGACAGGAGUGAAGUUAUUACUGUCUCCACAACGGGUACAUUCUUCUAUCUCCUGGAGGACAGUGCCCAUCCUUGCCUGUCCAUCUCUGAAGAUGGCUUCACUAUGUUUUAUGGAGAUGAGGAGCUGCCAAUUAGCGCUAUGGCCUCAGAUGAUAACAACUUUACCAGAUGUGUAGCUGUCCUGGGGGAUCUCAUUCCAGUGCGAGGCAGGCAUUACUGGGAAGUUGAGGUGGAUGAUGUGACAGAGUUUAGGAUCGGAGUUGCAUAUGAGGACACAGAAAGGAACUCGUACCUCGGAGCCAACAAUACCUCCUGGUGUAUGAGACACAUUCUCACUCCAUCCAGGCAUAAAUAUGAGUUUCUGCACAGUGGUUGGAGUCCUGACCUGAGGAUUACAGUGAACCCAGUGCGGAUAGGUGUGGCACUGGAUUACGAGAGGGGGUCUCUGUCCUUCUUUAAUGUGGAUCUGGAACAACACCUACACACCUUCCACUGUCACUUCCGAAAUUAUGUUCACCCCUGCUUCGGCCUGGACAACCCGGGAGCUCUUAUUGUGCACAACGGCAUAGAGGCUCCCGAGUACACAUUCAUCUGACACCAGCAAUCAUCAACAUCCCUAGAAGACCCUAACAUUAAACACCCAAAUUCAUAAAAUAAAACCAUCUCCUUAUCUUCCUCAGCAGUAUAAAAUGUGUGGAAUCUAAAGACAAUAAGGGGUUUUCAGUUGUUUUUAUUAUAGUAUUCCAUGGGAACAGGCAUACACCAUUUUCCAAGAUAAGAAAAAUUUUUACUGAAUUUUACAAUAUGUAUUUAUACCAUCAGCAUCUGCAGCAGACCAAGUGUUUAAAUUCAAAAUAAGGGGCUUGUUUUUGAUUAACAAAAGAUGCUUUAAAAAAACUGAAAUAAGUGUUUUAAGAAAAGGAAAAAAAAUCCAUUUGUAGUUAUUAUACAAUUCACAAAGGAAAAAUCCACCCUGAAUACUUUCACACUGUUAAAAUGUUGUAUAAUAGUGGUAAAUAUUUUGUUAAUAGAACAUUUCUCUGCCAUUUAAGAGAUUGGUAAGUGCACAUUUUAGAGUCAGACCCUUGGAGUAAAAAAAAGAGCCUUGUAUCAAGACAGCAAUAACAAGGGAGAAAAACACUGUAGAAAAGCUUUGUAUUUUCUAAAACCAUAUUCUCGAAAUUCUUCAAUGACAUGUAGCUGCAAGAUGUGUUGCAUUUUAAGCCACGUGGGUACAAACAUAUGCACAAUGAACUAGUUGGCAGGCUAUCUAAAUUUCUAUUUUUACAUUUUCUCUAUAGAUGGGCAUACAUUUAAAUAUGCCCACCUUUGACUAAAACCCAACAGGUUCACAUCCAUUGUGUGAGAGGUUAUAGAAAGGCAUUCUGGGAGAUGCAUGAAAAAAAACUUAACAGCAGGACAAGAAAAUUAAAAAAAAGCACCAAACAUCAAAAACUGGUGAUAAUUCAAAGACCAUACCAGUGUUUUUCCCCUCCAUUUUCAGCCUGCUUACUACUAAUCAUCUGUACUUUACAUUACUGCUAUAUAAAGACUGUCAACCUGAAAUAAAAAAAAUAAAAAAGUGCCACACGGAGA